UUGUGUUUUUUCUCUCUCCUUUCUGGUGCAGGAGAAGCUAAAAACAUCCCUCCAUACCCAGGGCCAAACAGGAUGAGGGACUGUUACUGCACUGUCAACCUGGACCAAGAAGAGGUUUUCAGGACCAAGAUUGUGGAGAAGUCCCUUUGCCCCUUUUACGGGGAGGACUUCUACUGCGAGAUACCACGCAGCUUCAGGCACCUCUCCUUCUACAUCUUUGACAGGGAUGUUUUCAGGAGGGACUCGAGUAUCGGGAAGGUCGCGGUGAAGAAAGAGGACCUGCAGAAAUACCACGGGAAAGACACCUGGUUCCCGCUGCAACCUGUCAGCGCUGACUCAGAGGUGCAGGGAAAAGUGCACCUGGAGCUGCGUCUGAGUGAAGUCAUCACUGAUAGUGGAGUCAUCCACCACAAACUGGCCACACGAGUGUUGGAGUGCCAAGGACUUCCAAUUGUAAAUGGCCAGUGUGAUCCUUACGCUGCUGUUUCCUUACUAGGUCCUUCAAGGUCAGAGGCCAAAAAGACCAAGGUGAAAAGGAAAACAAACAAUCCCCAGUUUGAGGAGGUUUUCUAUUUUGAGGUUACACGGCCUCUGAGCUACACGAAGCGGCAGUUUGACGUUGAAGAGGAGGAUGUGGAUAAGCUGGCUCUUAGGGUGGAUCUGUGGAACGCCAGCAAUCUGAAGUUUGGGGACGAGUUCCUGGGAGGCGUGCGUGUUCCUCUGCGGGUCCUCAGUCAAGCCGGAGUGCACGAUGCCUGGUACUUUCUUCAGCCCCGGGAGAAUGGCGGGAAGUCCGUGAAGGACGAAGAGCUUGGCUCUCUACGUCUGAACAUCGUCUAUACCGAGGACCACGUCUUCCCCUCUGAACACUACACUCCCCUCAGAGAUCUGCUGCUGCACUCUGCCAAUGUGGAGCCCGUGUCGGCGUCUGCAGCUCAUAUUUUAGGGGAGGUGUGUAGAGAGAAACAGGAAGCCGCCAUUCCACUCGUGCGUCUCUUUCUUCAUUAUGGCAAAAUAGUGCCUUUCAUCAGUGCUAUCGCCCACGCUGAAGUCAACCGCACGCAGGAUCCAAACACCAUUUUCCGUGGAAACUCGCUGACCUCAAAGUGCAUUGAUGAGACCAUGAAGCUGGCAGGGAUGCACUAUCUUCAAGUCACACUUAAGCCAAUCAUAGAUGAGAUCUGCACUGAGCACAAAUCCUGCGAAAUCGACCCGGUCAAGCUCAAAGAGUCGGAAAAUUUGGAGACAAACCGGGAGAACCUGCGUCACUAUGUUGACCGCAUCUUCAACGUUAUCACCACCUCUGGCGUCCGCUGUCCCACCGUCAUGUGCGACAUCUUCUUCUCUCUGAGAGAGUCCGCUGCCACUCGUUUCCAAGUUGACCAAGAUGUUCGAUACACAGCCGUGAGCAGCUUCAUCUUCCUGCGUUUCUUCGCUCCAGCAAUCCUCUCCCCAAAUCUGUUCCACCUGCGGCCCCACCAUCCAGAUCCACUCACCUCCCGAACCCUCACCCUCAUCUCCAAGACCAUCCAGACGCUGGGCAGCCUCGCCAAAUCUAAAUCUGCCAAUUUCAAAGAGUCAUACAUGGCUGCAUUUUACGACUAUUUCAACGAGCAGAAAUAUGCAGAUGCUGUGAAGAAUUUUCUGGACCUGAUCUCCACCUCCGGCAAAUGGGAUCAGAAGAGCAUUGAAACACCCAUCAUGCUUAAAGAAGGGUUCAUGAUAAAGAGGGCGCAAGGGAGGAAUCGCUUUGGAAUUAAGAACUUCAAAAAGAGGUGGUUCCGCCUCACCAACCACGAGUUCACCUACCACAAAACCAAAGGCGAGGGUGCUCUCUGCAGCAUUCCCAUAGAGAACAUCCUGGCUGUGGAGAGGCUGGAAGAGGAGUCUUUCAAGAUGAAAAAUAUGUUCCAGGUCAUUCAGCCGGAGAGAGCGCUCUACAUCCAGGCCAACAACUGCGUGGAGGCCCGCGAUUGGAUCGACAUCCUGACCAAAGUCAGCCAGUGCAACCGCAAACGCCUGAGCACCUACCAUCCCUCAGCCUACCUCAAUGGCCACUGGCUCUGCUGUAAACUCUCAGCAGAUACAGCUCCGGGCUGUACGCCCUGCACAGGUGGUCUGCCAGCAAACAUCCAGCUGGACGUAGAUGGAGACAGAGAAACCGAAAGAAUUUACUCCCUGUACAGCACAUACAUGACCAAACUCGUCAAGAUGCAAGAGGCCUGUGGCAGUAAGUCGGUGUACGAUGGACCUGAGCAGGAGGAGUACUCCAGCUUUGUUAUCGACGACCCUCAGGAGACCUACAAAACCCUGAAGCUGAUCGUUUCGGCCGUGCAGACCUUGGAGCAGCAGCACACCAAGUACAAACGGGACAAGUUCAAGAAGACAAAGAUAGGCAGCCAGGAGCAUCCCAUCGGAGACAAGAGUUUUCACUGCUACAUCCGCCAGUAGUUUGAGAGCUCCAACCACUCAAUCCAGCAGUGAUCCUGUAUACUGUUUUGUAUACCCUUUUGCCCACAACCAGCAUACUUUUCGGCGGGGAAAAAAAGUACCCCAGUACAGCUCCAUGCCUGGUGUUGAGUUUGAAAUCUUUAUCUUUUUUUUUUCUGAACAAGGUAAAAUGAAAACCAGGUGUAUCCAUGCCAAAUAUUUUUUUUAACAGAAUCUACAGUUCUGUAGGCAAAGAUGCUUGUUUGGCAGCAAGUGUCUCCCGAUUAACUGAUUUGUUCACCCUGAGGAAAAUAACUGUUUUAAGACAGUGAAAGAGCUGCGCUGAGCAGAUGGACUUUUUCUUUCAGUGUCUCAGUGUGCAUCCCUCCACAUUUGGAGAAACAGGCCUAAAGACAGUGGGAAAAGAGAAGGAAUUGGUGUGGAGAGAAGGAGGGAUCAGCAUCGGAAGAGAAAUACACCAUGGACCCAGCUCUCUCUGAGGCUCGCUUCUGUGAUGCAAUGAGAGAACAAACAUUUUCACUGGACAAUUCUGACAGUGACCAACACGCACUUUAAUUGCCUCCAGAUCUAUGGAUGAACAAGCUUCGCAGCACACUUUCAAAAAGCUUAUUUUUGUCUUUUUGACUCGUGUUUUGUUGUUGAAAUGAUCCGUUGUAUUUCAAGUUUGACAGACCAAACUUUAGAAAGAAGGAAGGAGUGUCGUUUUUUUCCCCUGUUUGGGUGGUUUUGUUCCCAUGCACUUGUUUUUUUUUUAUUAUUCUGCUAUGCUCCACAGCCUCCUCAGGAAGGCCGUGCGCAGUCAGGGGACACAAGAAGGGAUUGCUGGGACCAAGCACAUCCUAGAGCAGAUUGAUCUUAGCAGUGUUGAACCACUCACAAUUAUAGCACCCUUUUUCAUCACGUCCAAAGCCGUCCCCCAUUGAGGUCAGAGGCUUUGCUCCUGUGUGACCGAUAUCCUGGUUACAGGGAGAGAGAAUGCUGUUUUCUUUUACCUGCCCUACACAGAGUCUUUGCAUGCUGAUAAAAGCUUGGCUGAGUUUAUGGACGUCAAGAUGAGGCCACUCACAUCCUUCGUCAAAGGGGAGUGAGGAGCUUAACCUGUGAAAAUGCGCCUGCAAUCUAUGUUUUUAUUUACAAAGAAUCUGUUUUAUUCUUAUUCACAAAAAGAGUUUCAGGCAUUUCAACCAAAAAUAAAUUAGUUGGGAAAGUAAGUUAUUGGAUUGGUGCAACCAGUUAAGAGUGGUGUAGAGGGCCUCUAACCCAAUGACAGCUAGAAGUCACAGCCACCAGCUAAACACUGACUUGGAAUGAGCGGGUAUGGAAAAUAGAGGGAUGGGUAGACAACCAGUUGUAUACAUGCAGGGAACAUAACAACAUGGCCAACACAAACUGGUACAUUCUAAGCCCCCUGUAAAACAAAUAUGCCACUAAGCUGGAGUGGUGUCAGACCGGAAUGCAUCGCUAAACAUUUGGUUUAGUGUUUCCCAUUUAGAAAGAGAAGUGUGACAGGAUCCAGGUUCUUUGUUCAUCAGAUAAACCUCUGCAAUCCAAGACAAUGUGAUCACUCUGCCACAUGCUCCACUGCAAGCUGACGAUAUUCCAUUCUAUCUUGAGCAUCCAUCUCUAUUUACUCUACUCGUAUGAACAAUGCAGAAUAGUGAAAGAGCACCCAGAUAAAUUGCAGUUCACUGCAUGAGGCUUUUUAGCAGAAAAGCUGAAAAGUUAUAUUAAACCAUUCAGUUAUUCCCACAAACUGAAGAGCCCCCAAAGGUCUGGAAUUCUCCGUUACUACCCAUGACUGCAGACAUUGACUUCUGUAGAAGUGGCUUUCACUUUACUGUGUUUGUUCUAUCUUCAUAUGUCUGGAAAACCUGCUGUUUUUGGGGCAGAAAUGGAUGAGCUUGGAUGGAUAACUUGGAUGCGUCUCCCCUUCCUUUCUGCUGUGCUUCAGCUCUGCGUCAAAGCUCGGCCUCGUAAAGGAGGCUUUCGUGCAUGCCUUUGACGGACCUGUGUCCACGGUAACCAAUGAAGUGACAGUGACUGACACAAACGGGGAACUCCUGACACAACAGAUUUUUGUCGGUUUGCAUGCGGAGCCCUCCCUGGAGGCAGAUUGUGAGGUGCUAUCUAUCAUAUCCAUAAUUAGGUUGAUGUCACUCUGUCAAAGUGGCUAAUGCUAAACUAUUUCUUCUCCUGUCACAAACCACAGAGAUAUUUUAGCACAGCUUUUGAAUAAGGAUGUUUCUUUAACCGAGUACUAACAUUUUAACCAGUUUCAUCUCAAGUUGUAAUCAUUAACUGAAUCGUGUGUGUGUGACUGAUUGUGUUGCCCGGCUCGCGUGGUUCUUCUGUUCUGCGGGGUUUAUCUUUGGGAAAGGCACCCCCAUCCCCUGUCCUUCUCUUCUAUUUUUAAACCUAUUGUUAUGCAUUCCUCUGAGAAGCCCUCUGCUGUGAAUCUAACCAGACGGCAACUCGGAAUCUGCUGAAGGUACAGGAUUUUUUUGUUGUUAGCCAGUUGGGCUGCAGACGUAAGCGCUCACUCUUGCCAAACCAGUGCAUGUGAAGUAUUGUGGUAGUCAUGGCCAAAGCGGCCUCCACUUUAAACCAGAGGCAAAUUGAGUAUUUUCCAAAACAAACCACACGUGUGUGCGCUGCAUCACGGGUGUUACCAUGGUUACAGAUUCCCAACCAGUGCCAGUCAUCCCUUUUUUGCAGUUUAUGUUUAAAAGAAAUAAACAAAAAACUGUCAUUUAAAAAAAAAAAAACUUUUUAUAUAUAUAUAUAUCUCAGCUUUUAACUGUUAAAAACAGUUGGGAAGUUAUUCCAGUUACGUGUUUCUUUUUUGAAUAUGUUGAACUUUAAGGAAACGAUUUGACUAUUUUCUAUCUUUUCCUCAUCAAACGCAAACCUUGAAGUGAAUAACUGAACUGUUUGUGUGUUUUAUGCAUGUGUUAGUGUGAACGUGACUGACUGACAUAAUGGGAUUUAUUGCACAUUAAUUGAACCUUGUGUUAUAAGGGCCCCGACUAUUGAAGAAAGAGUGUCACUUUGUUAAAACAACCACUGCCUGUACUUAUUCUAAAGACACUGUUACUCCACUCUGCCCUGUUGUUGUGUAUCAUCCUCGUCCCCUUGUAUAGAACCUCUGUUUAUUCUCAAGAAACUUUUUGCCAAUUUUUUUUUGCCCAACCAUAUUAUGUAAAGUAACAAGACUGAUGAAAUAUUAAGAGAGCAGUCUUUCUUUAACUUCUAAACUCUGGUGAGCGUUUGUUUCCAUCAGUAACUAACUCUCCUCAGGUGUAUGAAACUUAUAUUUCUAAUGAUUUUUCCAGAAAAAAAAACUUCCCAGAAACAUCAGCUGAGUUUUUGGAGCGAUGGCAGUUACAGUAACAGCACCUCCCUCAUCCCGAAACCUGCCGAAGGGGAACGAAUUAUGCAAUAAAGACGAUAUGCAAUAAUAUCUCAAUUCAACACUUCACAUCUGCUGUCCUUUUGCAGUAAAAUGCCUCUUCAGAUAGACACAUAUUAUAAAGGGAGAACAGUGUAUUUUGUACAAAUAUUUUAAAAGUAUUAAAGUGUGUUAAAUGUGUACAUAAAGAAGCCGAAUGAGUGGUGAAAAUGUGAUGUGUUUGUUUUUUUUCCUGAAUAACUACAUGAAACCAUUAUUAAUGCAAAUGUGGUGUCUGUGUCAUUUGUUAUUCAAACUCCUAUCAACACCUUUCCCUUUUCGUGGAAGAUGAUCCUCAGAAAAAAGCAUUCGGAUGUUUUCUAUUUGUUUUAUCUGUGGUGCUGCAUUUGAUAGAACGCUGGGGUCAGGAUUCUGCCUUUUGUGAUUUAAUAAAUUCAGAUCUGUUGAUGUGGCAUGCCGUGGUACGUUUAGCUUUGUCAAUCCCUCUGAAAUACUCAGAAUGAACUGAAUUGAUUGAUGAACUUUCCAGGGUGGACCCAGCUUCUCCAAUGGCAGCUGGGGUAGCCUCUAGGCCCCCCGCGGCCCUACUGGG